AUGUGUUUGGAACUAAUAGCAGAGUUUGAUCCUUUUCUAGCUAAUCAUAUUUCAAAAUUUGGAAAUAAGGGUAAAGGAAGUACUUCUUAUCUAUCUUUUUCUGUGUAUGAAAAGUUUAUAGAAAUGAUGGGUGAGAAAGUUAAAAACACUAUUAUUAAUGAAAUAAAAAACGCCAAGUAUUUUUCAAUUGUGGUUGAUUCAACCCCUGAUAUUUCACACACGGACCAACUUGCAUGCAUAUUUAGAUAUGGAAAACUAAUGGUGAACCUGUAG